GACCAUUCAUUCUAUGGCCAUAGGGAGCCGCUAAGAGUGAGAAGAUCACGCUCCGCUUGCCUGCCGCGCCGGCUGCACCUCACGUCCCCCGUCUCUCUGCUCGUCCAGACCCAGCCCGCGCGCGCCCCCCGCCACCAUGAUCCACUCACCACUCAAGACUGCCUUGGCGUACGAAUGCUUCCAAGACCAGGACAACUCGACUCUGGCUUUGCCGUCGGAUCAAAAGAUGAAGACGGGCACGUCGGGCAGGCAGCGCGUGCAGGAGCAGGUGAUGAUGACCGUCAAGCGGCAGAAGUCCAAGUCUUCGCAGUCGUCCACUCUGAGCCACUCCAACCGAGGUUCCAUGUACGAUGGCUUGGCUGACAAUUACAAUAACUAUGGGACCACCAACCGGAACACCUACUACUCCAAGUUCCAGGCAGGAAAUGGCUCAUGGGGAUAUCCGAUCUACAAUGGGACCCUCAAGCGGGAGUCGGACAACAGGCGCUUCAGCUCCUACAGCCAGGUGGAGAACUGGGGCCGGCACUACCCCCGGGGCAGCUGUGCCACCACUGGCGCAGGCAGCGACAUCUGCUUCAUGCAGAAAAUCAAGGCAAGCCGCAGCGAGCCUGACCUCUACUGUGACCCUCGGGGCACCCUUCGCAAGGGCACACUGAGCAGCAAGGGCCAGAAGACCACUCAGAACCGCUACAGCUUCUACAGCACCUGCAGCGGCCAGAAGAUGGUCAAGAAGUGCCCCGUGCACCCGCCUUCUUGCCCCUCCAAGCAAGACCCAGUGUAUGUCCCGCCCAUCUCCUGCAACAAGGACCCGUCCUUUGGCCACUCAAGGGCCAGCUCCAAGAUCUGCAGUGAGGACUUCGAGUACAGUGGGCUGACCAUCCCCAAGGCUGUGCAGUACCUGAGCUCCCAGGAUGAGAAGUACCAGGCCAUCGGGGCCUAUUACAUCCAGCACACCUGCUUCCAGGAUGAAUCUGCCAAGCAACAGGUCUAUCAGUUGGGAGGCAUCUGCAAGCUGGUAGACCUCCUCCGCAGCCCCAACCAGAACGUCCAGCAGGCCGUGGCUGGGGCCCUGCGCAACCUGGUGUUCAGGAGCAACACCAACAAGCUGGAGACCCGCAGGCAGAACGGGAUUCGCGAGGCCGUCAACCUCCUGAGGAGAACCGGGAGCACUGAGAUCCAGAAACAACUGACUGGGUUGCUCUGGAACCUGUCUUCCACUGAUGAGCUGAAGGAGGAGCUCAUUGCCGAUGCCCUGCCAGUCCUGGCCGACCGUGUCAUCAUCCCCUUCUCUGGCUGGUGUGAAGGCAACAGCAACAUGUCCCGAGAGGUGGUGGAUCCUGAGGUCUUCUUCAAUGCCACUGGCUGCUUGAGGAACCUAAGCUCAGCAAACGCAGGCCGCCAGACCAUGCGUAACUACCCGGGGCUCAUUGAUUCCCUCAUGGCCUAUGUCCAGAACUGUGUGGCGGCCAGCCGCUGUGAUGACAAGUCUGUGGAGAACUGUAUGUGUAUCCUGCACAACCUCUCCUACCGCCUGGAUGUGGAGGUGCCCACCCGCUACCGCCAGCUGGAGUACAACGCCCGCAAUGCCUACACGGACAAGUCCUCCACCGGCUGCUUCAGCAACAAGAGCGACAAGAUGAUGAACAACAACUAUGAGUGCCCCCUUCCUGAGGAAGAGACCAACCCCAAGGGCAUCAACUGGCUGUACCACUCAGAUGCCAUCCGCACCUACCUGAACCUCAUGGGCAAGAGCAAGAAGGACGCCACCUUGGAGGCCUGCGCCGGCGCCCUGCAAAACCUAACUGCCAGCAAGGGGCUGAUGUCCAGUGGCAUGAGCCAGAUAAUUGGGCUGAAGGAGAAGGGCUUGCCGCAGAUUGCCCGCCUCCUGCAAUCUGGCAACUCUGACGUGGUGCGGUCUGGAGCUUCCCUCCUGAGCAACAUGUCCCGCCACGCGGUGCUGCACAGAGUGAUGGGGAACCAGGUGUUCCCAGAGGUGACCAGGCUCCUCACCAGCCACACUGGCAACACCACCAAUUCUGAAGAUAUCUUGUCCUCGGCCUGCUACACUGUGAGGAACCUGAUGGCCUCCCAACCACAGAUAGCCAAGCAACACUUCUGCAGCAGCAUGCUCAACAACGUCAUCAACCUGUGCCGCAACAGUGCCUCCCCCAAGGCUGCAGAAGCUGCCCGGUUACUCCUGUCUGACAUGUGGGCCAGCAAGGAACUGCAGCCUGUCCUCAGACAGCAAGGCUUCGAUAGGAACAUGCUGGGAACCUUAGCUGGGGCCAACAGCCUGAGGAACUUCACCUCCCGAUUCUAAACAGAGGCUGUCCAAGCAAGUUCGGCUUGCAGGUA